UGGAAAUUGACCCACCCCUUUUUCUACAGUCUGAAUGUUCUGGCUGUCCUGCCGGUAAAUUCUGCAGCGGUGGAAAAGAUGCCCCAGAUGGUGACUGUGCAGGGGGUUAUUACUGUGUUGUGAAUUCCACACAAGAAAAACCACCAGUUACAGAUAACACAGGUGGUCCAUGCCCAUCUGGUUUCCAAUGCCCAGUAGGAUCUGCCAACCCAGAAGCUUGCAGAAUUGGAACUUAUAAUAACCAACCUGGACUGCAAGAGUGCUACACCUGUCCUGCAGGCUACUUCUGUCCUGAAAAUGCCACAGACUAUAUCAACAACGAGUGUCCGCCUGGUUAUUUCUGCCCUAAUGGAACUGGGGGUGCAUUUGAUCACCCAUGCCCUAUUGGUACAUUCAACAAUGCUAGUGGUGGACAGGAUUUAAGGGACUGUGCUCCUUGUAAACCAGGUUAUUAUUGCGAAACUGUUGGUCUACGUGAACCCAAUGCUCUAUGUUCAGAGGGCUGGUAUUGCACGUUAUGUUCAUGGUCUCCCACCCCUACUAACUCCACCCCUAUAACUGUAAGCGACACUUCAUGCCUAUGUCCUGUACAAAGUGACGUCAACUCAACAGGAGGUCGAUGCCAACCUGGAAGUUUCUGCCCAACAGGGUCAUACGAACCAACACCGUGCACGCCAGGAGAAUAUUGUGAAACUGCUGGUCUUGGUAGCGCGACCAGUGGACCGUGUCAAGCAGGUUUCUAUUGUCUCGGUGGUGCGAGCUCUCCCACCCCCUCUGAUGGUGUAACUGGCGAUGUGUGUCCCAUCGGGCAUUACUGUGAGUCAGGUAGCAAAGAUAAAACACCUUGUGCUCCUGGUACCUUCAGUAACCUUACUGAGAAUCAGAACCAAGCAAACUGUACUAUGUGCACACCAGGUAAUAUGCAUUUCUAAUUUUAAAAUUACUGUAAAAUAUAAUAAACUUGAAAAAAUGCGAAAAGUUAGUUACUGUUUCAAGUUUUUAAAUUUUCAUUUGAUGCAAAUUUUUUACAACAGUGGUA